GCGAGACGUUAUCCGCCGAUGACGAGCCCCCACUGAUCUGCGCGAGGUUUUGGGUGUACCAAAGCGAGCCGGGGUGCUGCCAAGUUUUGUACGCAAAGGCUGCAGGAGGAGUGCAGGAGUGUGUCUGUGGUCUUUUCAUCAUGUAAUUUCGAAAGAAGUUCCAUGUACGGAUAUGCAGGCAGGUAUUUGCUCUCUGUCAGGUAAGGCCUCCUCCUCCUCCACAUCCGCCUUCUCCGCUUCCUCCGCACAGCCUUCGCUUGCGUGCACCAAGGCGGCCAUGGCCAUGGCUAGAAAUGGCCGCCCGUGCAAGAAGAGGUGGGGAGAGGAGGAAUUCAGUAAGAUUGGAGGACAGGGCACAUUGACGUUCACGAACUCGGCAAUGGAGGACCACGGAUCCGUUGAGCAUUUUGGGACUCCAUGUCCAUCGUCAGCUACAGGACCGCAUUCCGCCAGCAUCGGUGAGACGGUGAGGAUCACGACAGUGGUUCCAAGUGUGGUGAGUACCGGUAUAGUACAUCCCAUGCAUUCCCCAUAUCAACGAAGGCGGUCAUCGGGGACGAAGCCUGCAUGCUUCGGUGCGCGCGGAGAAGCAAACAGAAUGCGGAGAAGGCAAACGAUGCUCGCCAGCUGAAUUUUACUUUCUUGGAGAUUUUGCUCCGAGAACGGCCAACACCACGAGUCUCUGAAAGGAAAAGUAACCCCAGGGAAAGUUAUCAGUCGGCGACGUGGGCCCGUGGCGCGAUCUCGA